AAGCUGAGAAAACCAUUUCCGCGUGCCACGAGCGUGACUCCGCGACAUUGGUAGACAUGGCUCUCGUGUUCCUCUUGUACUGCUGCUUCUCCGCUGCUGCACUUGCGGGGCUAAGCCCGGGGCUAAGCCCGGCGGUGCAUGUGCUGAGUGAGGAGCCGCGCAUCGAGCUCCGCCCAAAGUUCCUGCGAGAGGAGGAGAUGGCGGCCAUCCAAAAGUUGGCCGAGGAGGAGAUGUUCAAGGACCUGUCGGACCCUGAGACUGGCAGCAGUGCUUCUACAGAGGUGGCGGGGGGCGAGGAGAUCUCGACUUUAAACAUUUCGGACCCCGACGUGGACACCGAAGAUGCGUUGGAGUGGGAUGUCUUGCAGGAUGUGAUUCACAGGAGCAAGGCAGUCCUCUCCACCGAGCCCCUGACGGCCUUCGGUGCCCACGUGGUGCGCUGGGAGCCAUGGCACCGCCUGUCGCGGCUGAACCGUUCCGGGCCCCUGCACCUGGAUGCUCGGCUGCACCCGGAGAGGCGACACAGCGUGCUGCUUUUCCUGAGUGGAACAGGGAAGGCGAAGGAUGGCGCCACGGUGUUCCCAUGCAUCGAAACGGAGGACAUGGAGCCCAAGGAAGUGAAGCGGCGCCAGAAGCUCUGCUCCCGUGCCCUACGCCACUUGCAGCGCGCACACGAGAAGCUGAUGGCGCUGCGUGCCCAGGGGAUGGAGCUGCCACCUUCCAAACAGUAUCAGUUCCUGGAGGAUCAUCCGGAACUCUCUGGCCUCCCCAGGGAGCUCCCAGAUGGCACCCGGCCCGUGAACUACUUGUGGCUCCCAAGUCAUGAUGCUGUCGCCACAGAUGAGGCUCUUGCACCGUUGAGCCUGCGGGCUGAGCCCUUGCAUGCCUUGGCGGAAGCCAUGUGUCGUGGGAAGGCCUUGGGCUUGAAAGUCGCCUCCAAAAGAGGUGAUGCCUUGUUCAUGGAUGUGAUGGACACUGAGGGCCGUGAGGUGAAGGCUGAUUGGCGCCUGUGGCAUGCUGGAUGCAGCCCUUUGGAACCAGAUCAAAGGCUGACUGCUCAAAUCUUCCUUGAAACUGACACAACAAACUCAUCGAAUUUGGCAUGUUGCGACUCCAAGGGUGGCACAUGUGCAGAGAGCUGCAGGUCCCACAAGAUGACCAACUAGCUAACAGCAACUAGCAGCAACUAGCAGCUAGUUUGAGACGAUCUGCCUGGGGUGAUGGCAUCGUUCUCAUAGACCAGUCUUAGAUGACAGCAUUCGCGAGGCAAAA